AUAUUAAAUUCUCGUUUCUGAUUUUUAGGAGAAUGUUAAAAUAUUAUAUCUUUCUAAGCCUGUUGCCUAUUGCCUUCCCUUUGUAUUUCCACAUUGGGGAAACGGAGAGAAAAUGUUUUAUCGAAGAAAUCCCUGAUGAAACUAUGGUGACAGGGAACUACAAGGUUCAGCUGUAUGAUCCCAGAACAAAUGGAUUUGCUCCCUCCAGUCCUGAGAUCGGGAUGCAUGUCGAGAUUAGAGAUCCUGAUGACAAAAUCAUCCUGAGCAAGGUGUAUAGUAGCGAGGGAAAGUUUACCUUCACCUCUCAUAACCCCGGAGAGCAUGUAAUCUGUCUCUACAGUAACUCAACCAAAUGGUUCUCAGGGACACAACUUAGAGUACAUCUUGAUAUUCAAGUUGGGGAACAUGCAAUUGAUUACGCAAAUGUCGCCCAGAAGGAGAAGUUGACCGAGCUGCAGCUGAGAGUGCGUCAACUUCUUGACCAGGUUGAACAGAUCACUAAGGAGCAGAACUACCAGAGGUACAGGGAGGAGAGGUUUAGGCAGACAUCAGAGAGUACCAACCAGAGAGUUCUGUGGUGGGCUCUUGCUCAGACUGUUAUCCUGCUGGUUAUGGGAGCCUGGCAGAUGCGUCAUCUUAAAUCCUUCUUCGAAGCCAAGAAACUCGUUUAAGUCAAGAAACC